CUCAACCUCCUGGCCAUCGUCGGCGGCUUCCUCGCCGAUGCCAAGCUCGGCCGGUACCUCACCAUCGCCGUCUCGGCCACCAUCGCCGCCAUAGGCGUGAGCUUGCUGACGGUGGACACGGUGCGAGCGGCGAGCAGCUGGCCUUCCUGUACGUGGCGCUGUACGUCAUCGCGGCCGGCGCCGGCGGGCUCAAGGCCAACGUGUCGGGGUUCGGGUCAGACCAGUUCGACGGCCGGAACCCGUGGGAGGAGCGCGCCAUGGUCUUCUUCUUCAACCGCUUCUACUUCUGCAUCAGCCUCGGGUCGCUGUUCGCGGUCACCGUGCUGGUGUACGUGCAGGACAACGUUUCCAAUUCAGAAUACAAACCAUGUACGAGUACGUUUCCAAUUCAGGCUGCUAUAAGAAGUAGACCACCUCGGUCAGGCUGCUAUAAGAAGUAGACCACCUCGGCCGAAAUCUUCAUCAGCACAACUGUCGAUUUAACUAAUGUUGCCGCCAAGUUCGUCGGUGAAACUGAUGAAUCCGCCGAUUUUGCCGGAGAAAGAAGUGCAGACUUGGCCGGAGAUAGAAGAUCAUCCAUUCCAGUAUUCCAAUGCCUCCGACUUUGUCAGAGGAAAUAGAUGACAUCACAGAUCCGAACAUUGUAGAGGAUUUGGAUAACCGACCUUCAAAAAGAGCAAAAAUUGCUGGAUCAUGUGUUCUGGAGUCAAAACCAAUUUCUGCAACUAUGUUUGCAUCUUCUCCAGAUUCUGAAAGUUUUGAAUCGAUUGUGCGAGAAUCAGAUAAUCAGAUGGAUCGUGAUCCAUUGCCAUCACCUCCAUCCCCAUCUAGCUCGACAUUAUCUUAUGUUUUACCACUACAUGAUGUUAAGGAACCAGAUUCACCUCCAUCCCCAUCUAGCUCGACAUUAUCUCUUGUUUUACCAUUACAUGAUGUUAAGGAACCAGAUUCACCUCCAUCCCCAUCUAGCUCGACAUUAUCUCCUGUUUUACCAUUACAUGAUGUUAAGGAACCAGAUUCAAAUAAAGAGAUCAAAGGUGUUCGGAAAUAUGAUUAUCUACCACGGGACUAUACAUUGACCGACCAUGAUAUAUGUGCUCAUAUAACAAUUGAAUCAUCUUUGAGAAAACAAGAGCUGGUUCGGAUAGAUGGAAGUAUUGUGAUACAAAAUCAAUUGAUGUGCUUGCUAGAUGAAAAAGACUGGGUAAAUGAUGAUGUGAUUGAUGCAUAUAUAUGUUGUAUAAAGGACCAAAUACAUGUCCAGAAUGGCUUUAAAGUAUAUUUUGAGAGUCCUUUUAUUAUCUCACUAUUAAAACGGGAUGGUACCAUUGGCAUACAACAAAAUAGUUCCUUCAUUACAGAGAUUGUCAGAAAAUAUAUGAAGCACGACAUGAUUGAACUUCCAAUAAAUAUCAGCAACACACAUUGGUAUUUAGUUAUUUUAAAUACAAAAAACAUGAGAUUCAAGUACUGGACUCAUUGUGCUGGAAGUUUGACCGAGAGGAUCUCGCUAUUACGCUACGAAGAAUACAAUUUCAUUUGGACCUAAUUAAAAGUCAAAGCUUGAUUAACGAGGAUUGGAAAGAAGUUGACCUUACUCAAUGGAAGAUCGGAGAACAAUUUCAAGAGCCAAUACAAAAAGACAGUUCUUCAUGUGCUUUAUUUAUGGUAAAGUUUAUAGAAUAUUUCACCGGAAGUGCACUAUCGUACACAAUUA